UGGCCAAUGUGAAUAAUAAUGAUGAUUCGAUUCAAACAUCAACGACAAUAACAACAACAACGGCAACAAAACCGCCAUCAUUUUUACGACAAAUGUCCAAUGCAAUCACCAAGGAUCAAAUAUGGAUUGAUCCAUAUACAAAUGAACGUAUUUGGGUCUUUAAUCCAAUGCAUAUUGUUCAUUUAUCGAAACAACAAAAAUCCAAAUUUAUACGCAUAGUGGAAGGAUUUAAAAAAUUUAGCAAUAAAUGGUUUUCUCAUGUGCUACUUUUACUAUUUUUAAUUCUGUACGGAUUUUUAGGUGCUUAUAUUUUUGUCACAUUAGAAGCACCAAUUGAACAAUCGGCAAAGGUAAGUAAUCCAAUCAAUAAAAUGCGUGAACGUAUUAUAAAAGAAUUGUGGUGGAGUUCGAAAAAAUUUUCACAUGGCUGGUGGCUACGUUUAGCCAAAAUACGAUUUAAAGAAUUUGAAAAACAACUACAUGAAUCUUGUUUAUCCGAUCAAACUACUGAUUCGGAAGAAAGAGUAUGGAACUUUUGGCAGGCAUUAUUUUUCAGUUCCACCAUAUUUACAACGAUUGGUUAUGGCCAUGUUGUGCCGAAAACAGAUGCUGGACGUGUUGCAUCAAUAAUCUAUGCAUUUAUUGGAAUACCAUUAUUAUUGAUGGUACUCACUGAUUUGGGAAAAUUAUUUACACGUGGUAUAAAAUUUGUAUUCAAAAUAUUUCGCCGUAUUUAUUAUGCACGUCAAUUACGAAAAAUGCGUAAAGCAACUAAAGAACGUACACAGUUUGUAUCACAAAAAAUUGACAAUGUUCACCGAAAGAUGUCAACAGUGGUACCGAUGGGAAAGAAUAAAAUCGAUAUGGCCAAUAAUCGUCAAUCAAAUAAUAAUAAUGACAACAUUGAUGAUGAUAAUGAAACAAUACCGGAUUUUGAAGUUGAUGAUGAAUUCAAUUUACCAAUCAGUGUUGCCGUUGUUCUACUAUUAUUAUAUAUGAUGAUGGGCGCUGCAGUGUUUACCAUAUGGGAAAAAUGGACAUUUUUUGAAUCAUUUUAUUUUGUUUAUAUUUCAUUAUCAACCAUUGGUUUCGGUGAUUAUGUGCCGGAACAUCCGGCAUUCAUGAUGUGUACAUUUAUCUAUCUAUUAUUUGGCCUUGCAUUGACAUCGAUGUGUAUAAAUGUUGUACAAGAAAAAUUAAGUGCCACUUUUCAGAAAGCAAAAUUACGUAUCGGUGCCACAAUGGGUUUGGAUAUACCACAAAUGGUUGAAGAGGAUCUUAAUCAAGAUAAUAUUUCAACAAAUUUUAUUCCACCCGAACAACAAUUGCCACCAUCGCAACAACAACAACAACAACCAAUGCCAAAACCAAUAUUAAAAGAACAGGGCGUUGGUGAUUCAUUCAAAGAACGUAGACAGAAAAAAAGAAAAGAAACUAUUGAUAAUAACAAUGAAGAAAUAGACAAUUCAAAAACUUUCAAUGAUCAUGAUGGUGGUGGUGUUGGUGGCUCAAAUAAUCAUGUUGAAUUCAAUUGAAUCAAGAAUAAUUUUCAA